AUGGCUCAUGGAAAAAAGCCAGGAACCAUCUCCAAAAUAUUGGCCCCCAACCCUCCACCGUGUCCCGGUCCAGGACUCAUUAAACAGAGCCAGGAAGAGCAGCAAGGUCUGGCAAGGGAGGUGUCUGAACAACCACAGUGUACCUUGAAGGAUGAUGAUAAUGAACAGCUGACUCCUGUCCUCCCUGAAAACCAGUAUUACAUGAGCUGUGACCCCAGUCCUGAGGACAUGGAGGACACCUGCUCUGAGUAUGACAACGUGGGCUCCGAUGUGGAGCAGGACUACGAUGAGGUGCUGCAUCUGAACAAAGAGAGUGUGGUGGACAUGAGAUACUACAAACAGUUCUCUCCUGAGGGUGGGGGCUUUAUUAAGCCUACCAAAGGUGAUGAUAUCAAUGAGAACAGCAGUGACCACUUCACCCAAAGGCCUCAUCAUGGCACUGAGGUACGUGAGGGAUCACAAGCAGACACUAAAGCUCACAAGACAAGCCAUCGCUUUAGGUCACAUUGUGUCCCGACCGCUGCGGAUGAAGCAGGUAGAGAAAUUGGGAAAGGCCAAGAGAACAGGUUCUUCUUCAGUGAUGGAGAUGAGAUAGAGGAGGUGCUGGAUGGGGCCAAAUUUAUCGAGGAUUUAGAAGAAACUGAGGAGAGUGAACAAAGGCAGACUAUCACUUAUCAGGACAAUGAGAAUGAAAGAGUUAGAAAAGGGGGCAACGAAAGAGAAAGAGAGGAUGACACUCAACUUGCAAGAAACCAUAAUAUACCAGGGGCCAGUAAAAAGUGUGAGCCGCCUCACAAGGAGAAAGAAAGGCAGGUCAAAGGACGGGGGCGAAGGGGAGCAGGUGAGAACGUUGAACAUGUUGGGGUCAAAGGGUGCUCCACAAGCGGCACAGAACAGCGUCCAAAGACUCUGACAAAGGACUGCAAAAAAGCCGCUGUGCGCACCAAAGCUAGGCCCAACUCUGGUAAGCAACAUCCCGCUGUGCAGCCUCGUCAGUCAAGCGCUCAGUCACCCACAGACACUCAGAAGCCCCAGCCUCGUAAAGAGCCCCCCAAGCCCUGUCCUGCAUCCUCUAACAGCAAGGAAGGCGACAUCAGGGUUAUUAAACAAUCCCUGGCUCCUCUCCACACACAGCAGCAGCAACAACAGAGGGAGCCACUUGAGGAGAAGCAGAGAUGGCCAGAAAACCCCCAGCAGGUAACAAACAGAGCAGGUCUUUGUAACAUCUAAUCCUUUGUGGCUCAUGCUUGUUCUUGUCUCUGCACAAUCAUCCAAUUCAACGGUGAAAUAAGAAAGAGUUUGAUAGCAUCCCUGGUUACAGAUAGUCUUCAAUGCCUGUGGGAUUAGCAUCUACUCUAGAAAACAAGAAACAUUUGAAACCUGGUUGAAAAGCCUCCAUUAAAGCAGAUGUUUGCACACAACAGGGUGAGAAGCCAUUGAGUACAGCUGUGAUACCCGAGGAGCUGCCGGAGCAGCCACAGAGGCCUCAGUGUCCAGAACUCGUCCCUGCGGAGGAGAGCAACUCACCCAAGGUAAGGACUGAAAGUUUCAGUUGACAUAUCUGAUCUAAUGUAACACUUAUUUUUGCCACCAUCUAUUUCUCCUCUGCUCUAUGAUUAGAUUUUCCUCAUUCGCACCUGAAGUGAAUUAAUGCUUAAGCUUAAACGAUAAUUUCUGAUUGUAUACUGGACUAUUACCAUGAAAAUGUUUUCAAGAUUUCCGCCUUACUAAUGAACUUGUCAACUUGUCUUUAAGAAAACACAAGAGGCUGCUGCGUUCCCCAGUUUUGAAGAUGGUAAUUAUCCUCAAAUUAAGUUCUUGAAUUUUAUAGUUUUCCCAAUUUAUUGCGCAGAUUAUUUCCUUCUCCCUUUGCCCAGUCCCAGGUCCAUGUGAGCCAGAGGAUCUUAUUGAUGGAAUCAUCUUUGCUGCAAACUACCUUGGCUGCACUCAGGUGUUGUCUGAUAAAAACCCAUCCAAGUCUGUCCGCAUGUCCCAGGCCCACGAAGCUGUCAGUCGUAUUAAGGUAAUCUCCAUUUUUAUAGAUGUUUCAGUCAAAUCAAAGAGAUUACUGUACACCCUCUCCCUGCUGGUCUGUUGAGGAUGAUCUACAUCUAUGAUUUUUAUCAUAAGGCGGGUCCUUUUUCUGCUUCAGCCAUCAAAGUAAUAACGAUAAAGACCUGUUGCUAAACCUUAAAGGUGUGUUUGCAGGUUGAAGUAAUUUUGUUUUUGUAUCUAUUUUAUCUAUUUUGCCAUUAUGUUUGUGAGGCUUACUUUAAGCAGCAGAAUCAAUUUUGACCACACGGUGGAGCUGCUGCAUGCUCUUGGUGCUCACUUGCCAAUGUUAGUGUUUGGGUAAUAAGAAGAAACACUGCAUUGUGGACUUAACAUGCGAAACUCCAACUGCCUGAUACACUGUUUAUUUCCUAGAGCCAAGAUGAAGACUCUCAAAUGAUGACAGAGGUUGACCUAUUUAUCUCAACCAAGGCUGUCAAAGUGCUGAAUGCUGACACACAGGUCAGAUCUAUGUUCAAGUGUAUCCUCCUCAGUGUAAAAUAUGUCAGUCAAUCUAUUUCCAGGCGCUGUAAGUAAUGAUUGACGUUUUUUUUGUCCAUAUAGGAGACGAUGAUGGACAGUGCCUUGCGAACCAUCUCCUACAUCGCUGACAUUGGCAGCAUUGUGGUUCUGAUGGCACGUAUGCGCAUGUCUCAGGCCUCAUCGGAGGAUUUCUCUGAAUCCGCAGACUCCUCCGGUGAAGGGAAAAAUCAGUACAGGAUGAUCUGCUAUGUCUUUGAGUCUGAGGAUGUAAGCAGACACGCAUUGUUUUUCAUUGAAAUACAUUUUUCUUUGUUUUUGUUUUUUUUUAAACACCAUGUAAAUUUCUGAAUGCUGUUUCUCCUUGUUGUUGUCAUCUGGGAAAGCCUUCUCGCUGAGUGGUUCCCCCCUUAAUUUCUCCCCUUCCCACAGGCACAGCUUAUCGCACAGUCCAUUGGUCAAGCUUUUAGCGUGGCCUACAGAGAGUUCCUGCGAGCCAAUGGCAUCAACCCGACUGACCUGAGCCAGAAACAAUACAGUGACAUCAUCAACUCCCAGGAAAUGUACCACGAUGACCUUGUCCAUUUCUCAAACUCAGACAACUGUAAAGAGGUUCAACAUAUUUCAUUCCUCUUCACAUGAAUUGUAGAUUAAGAGUAAUGGAUUUCGUAAAUAUGAAUGGCUGUAUCAGUUAGAAUCUCACAUAUCUUCUAAACUCAGAUAUGAAAAAUGUAACAGAAGCUUUGAUUGUUUUCCAGUUGUAUGUAGAGAAGCAGAAAGGGGAGAUCCUCGGUGUGGUGAUCGUGGAGUCGGGUUGGGGAUCCAUUCUGCCCACUGUCAUUCUGGCCAGCAUGCUGAACAGCGGUCCUGCAGCUCGCUCUGGAAAACUCAGCGUUGGGGACCAGAUUAUGUCCAUCAAUGACACCAGCCUGGUGGGGCUGCCUCUUGCCACCUGUCAGGGCAUCAUCAAGGUACAGAGCAAAACCCUCAGUUUUCACAAAUUAAGUGUUCAUGGAGGCUUUAUGGCACAAAGGACUGCGUUUAUCAUAUUUUUAAGUAACAUAUUAGUAUAUUUAUAAGUAACAGCACACUUGUUACUCUCUGCACUUUGACUCUAAUGUGCUUAAUGUUUUUAUUUUUUGCUGGACAUUAUCCAGGGUCUGAAGAAUCAGGUGAAGGUCAAACUGAGUAUUGUAAGCUGCCCACCAGUCACCACCGUCCUUAUCAAAAGACCUGAUCUCAAGUUCCAGCUCGGCUUCAGUGUGCAGAACGGCAUCGUGAGUAAACUUGUAAAGCAUGACAUCAAACUUCAGGUUGAGGCUUAAAGUGAACGGUCGGAGAUUUCUGAAGAGUGCAGCUGUUUUUUUAAGACGAGGGCUGCACUGUGUCCUGCUUUUCUUAAUAAGGUUUCUCCUUUCUGUUCUCAGAUCUGCAGUCUGAUGCGAGGCGGCAUAGCUGAGCGAGGUGGUGUUCGAGUUGGACAUAGAAUCAUUGAAAUAAAUGGUCAAAGUGUUGUUGCCAUGGCACAUGAGAAGAUUGUUCAAACCUUGUCUGUUUCAGUCGGUGAGGUAAGACCUUCUGCUGUCACAAGAUAGUUUUUACUGAUUGCUGCGCCACACAAAUCACUUGAGUAUAGACAGACCUUUUAAAAGAUAGAUUUAAGUUUUUAGGGGGUAAAAUCAAUAAAAUCUGCAAAAAGUAGAAAGUCAAAUAUCAAAUUGUGUAGAAGCAGUGCAGUAGAUAAAGAAUGAUUGCUUUAAGGAAAUUUUUGGAAAUGUUUUUAUUCGAUUGAGCUUGUAGUAAACAAUUGAUCUGCACAUUUUUUCAUUAAAAACAGAUCGAUUUGGUCUUCUUAAAGAAGGGUUUGACACAAUGUUAAGAGAUACACAUGAAGAUAGAUAUGACUGUCAUGUUUUUGUAAUAGUCUGCUAGCACCUGGUUAACCUAGCAUAAUUAAAACAAGAAAAUAACUAGCGGUAGUGAAAUUUGAGCUCCUUUUGCCCACAAAUACACAUCAUAUCUCAUUUGACAUAUGAACAACCAUAUCAGACUCCAUCUCUAAAAAGUACAUGUUGUUUUGUGUUCAAAUGUUUUAGUUGACAUGUAUAAAGUAUCUUUGCCAGUUCUUUGAAAUAUAGGCAAGUUAGUUCCUUUGUUCAAGUGUUCCUGGUCUGCUUUAAAAGUGACCCUCUCUCAUCUCUGUCUCUCAGAUCAACAUGAAGACAAUGCCUGCUGUGAUGUUCAGACUGCUGACAGGACAGGAGACGCCUAUCUACAUCUAG